GCAAACAUUUAUAGAUCUCGAAGUUUGGGUGAUCAAAGUACUGAAUUAAACAUUACUAUAAAAGGAAUUCGCAAUGAGAACGUUCUAACAGAAAAUCAUUAUGACAGAAAGAAAAAUGGUUAA